AGUUGCGACGCACACCUCCUCGGAGAGACCACACAGGCGUCCGCCGACCGACCGAUACAGCCGACCCGAGCUCCGGCCACCGUGUGACGCGAGGUCGCGCCCGUGAGCCGGCUCUGUGGUGGUGGUAGGCGGUGACCGGUCGGGCUGCGGUCCGUGUGCCGCAGUGUGUGCGCUGGUCGGAGUGACGGCUGGCGGAGUUUGCGUUGUCUGGUGCCGAGUGGGCGCCGGUCUGGAUUCGGACCGGGUCAGCGGGUAUGUCGGCGCCGCGCGCCUGACCCGGCGGCCGGCCAUGUGUGUGCGGCGCGGCGCGGGCGGCUGGCGGCCGCAGCUGGCCGCCCUGCUGCUGACCUGGCUGCUGGUCACCGACAGCACGAGUCGAGCGUGCGCGCCCGGCCGCGGGCACUACCGGCGCCGCGCGCCGCGCAAAGUCACACCGCUCGUGUAUAAACAGUACGUACCGAACGUCAGUGAACAGACUCUGGGCGCGUCCGGCCUGCCCGAGGGCGCCAUCGCACAGCACGACCCGCGCUUCCGGGGCCUGGUGCCCAACUACAGCGAGGACAUCCUCUUCAAGGACGAGGAGGGCACCGGCGCCGACCGGCUGAUGUCACCGCGCAUGAAAGCCAAGCUGGACACGCUGGCGAUAGCUGUCAUGAACCAGUGGCCCGGUGUGCGGCUGCGGGUCACCGAGGCGUGGGAUGACAGUCGUCUGCACGCGCCCAACUCACUGCACUACGAGGGCCGCGCCGUCGACAUCACCACGUCCGACCGCGACCGCAGCAAGUACGGCAUGCUGGCCCGGCUGGCCGUGGAGGCCGGCUUCGACUGGGUCUACUACGAGUCGCGCUUCCACAUCCACUGCUCGGUCAAAUCAG